GUCAGUUGUUCCCACCCUGCUAGAUGCGACGAUAACAUUUGGGUUUCCGCAUGACUGGAACAUGACUUCUGCCAAUGUUUGGAUUAUUAAUCGAACUGGGUCUUUGUUUCCAGUUAUUAAAAAAACUCCACUAACCGUCAGCCCUCUGUUUAUUGUUUUGCGUCACGCGGUAGUCUAGCGGCUAUUCUGCUGAGUCGCUAGGUCUCUGGCCGCUGCUGUGGUACACCCAUACACCGAGGAACAGGCUCGUACCAGCGGCACCUAACAGUCCGGGCAGUGAGCGGUGUGUGAUGGGGAACUGGAGUUAGUAACUGCUGAAACUGUGGUGUUAGCCUCCGCUCAGCAAAUUCACCACGAUGCAGAUGACUUUUGGGGUGUCGAGCAGCGUGACGCUGCUGUUUGACUUCUGGGAUGUGCACGGACCUGCAGGCAUGGUGCUGUCGGUGUUCGUGGUCUUGCUGCUGACAGUUUUCUACGAGGUGCUCAAAGUGUGGAGGGUGUGGCUGGGAAGAAGCUCUAAGCUGGCCCCGCCUCAUUGUCCGGACGCCGCCUCCCUGCCCUCCCACAGUGACAGCAUCUCCGUACUGGAGAGCAGCCCCUCCGAAUCCUCGCUGACGCCCAUGGCGUCACACCCCCCGGUGUCAAACACCAGGAGCAGCUGGUUGCUGCACUGUAUCCAGACAGUUCUCCACAUGCUGCAGGUGUCUCUUGGCUACAUGCUGAUGCUGUGUGUCAUGUCCUACAACACCUGGAUCUUCCUCGGGGUCAUCGUGGGCUCUGUCCUUGGUUAUUUCAUCUCAUUUCCUCUGCUGGGUCAGAACUGAUGGUAUGGGCCGCUCUGAAACUCAAAUAAAGAGGAGAAGAGGUCUUUUUUUUUUUUCUCCCUGAGUUAAAAGGAUCACAUUCUCUGGAUUCUAAAUGGAAAACUAUUUGGUUGACUAAUUUCUGCAUGUUGUUCCAUUGCUCUCAGCACAGUAUUUGUCAAAUUUUAACAGUUGGGAAGCACAAAAGCGAAAUCAAUGACUUUUAUGCUGAAGAAUGUGCUGUGCAACAUUAAGUGUGGCAUAAAACUGAUCUGGGUCUUUACCGGUCACCAGUUUCAGUCUUUGGUCUCUCUUCUCCUCAAAAAAAGAUAUUUUUGUAGUUUCUCUUCUCAAACAGCAAACAUCUGAGCAAGACUUAAGUAAUGCAUAUGAAAAAUGUUUUAGUGUCCAAGGGGGAAGUGCUAUUUGCUUGAACUCUUUUGUUUAUUUAUCCUAAAAGAAUAUACACAGAUUCAAAGAGGAGAAAUGCAGUGGAAUGGGAAAGUCAUCCAUAGCUUGUUACGUACUACAGUUGCUUCCGUAACUUUAAGUUUUCCUGGUCUGCACUGACAGACGCUAUUAACAACUACAUUUUACUAAGUAAAUUUUUAUGCUAUGACACUACAGAUGAUUCAGAAAUUUCCAAGAUUUCUCAUCAGUAAAAGUAAAAUUCAUCCUGAAGACUUUUAAGCUUUGGACUGCUUAAAGAAGAACACUUUGUGGGUGGAAACAACAGCAUUUUUAAACUAUUUAAUACUGAAUUUCAAUCUUUUUUGCAGUUGUGAAACAUAAAAGCGGACUUGUACUUUUAACAGAGAUUUUCAGUCACAGAUCAUGAGACUAUAUUUUGUUAGUUUGAGGAACUGAAUCAUUUUAAGUUCGUAAACUUCUCUCGUGUCACCUAGGUUCAUUUACAGAUCAGUCAUUCUCACAUGUUAAUCAGGGCAGUGAAAGUAGAUCAUGUGGUUCUGUGGCAGUCGCUGACAAACCACCAACCUUAAAAUAAAUAAAUAAAUAAAGUGAGUGCCUUGUAACUUACCAUUUCAGAUGUUUUCUAUUGAAAUAUGCGCCUCUUCUCUUUUGAGAGAGGACUUUCAACUAUUUUUGUAACUGAUCCUGACAAUAGAAACAUGUCUGAUCGUUUGAGUUUUACUGUUGCAUUUUCCUGAAUGAAAAAUCUCAAAGAAUGAUUGACAAAAAUAAAGAGUGAAAUUGAUGAAAUCA